AUGUACAUUAGCCUAUGCGAGUACCCGUUUUAUGUGUCCAAAUACGAGAAAUUGAGCAAGAUCGGACAGGGUACGUUCGGUGAGGUAUUCAAAACCCGGGACAGACACACGGGUCGAGUGGUGGCAUUGAAACGGGUGCUGACGGACAACGACGAGAGGCAAGGCUUCCCACUCGCGUCGUGUCGUGAGAUCAAAAUACAUGAGCACUUGAACCACAAGAAUAUCUCGGCCAACACUACGCCCGCUCCUCAGACCACCCGUUCGGUCAGUACAGGUGCGGCCACUUUCUAUCUGGUGCUGGAGUUCUGUGAGCACGACUUACGCCAGACUACUGGCCAACUGUACGGUCCGUUUCUCGAUGAGAGAGAACAAAAAAGUGAUGCAACAGCUGUUGAAUGCGCUGUUUUUCAUACACUCGCAGAAGAUAUUGCAUCGAGACAUGAAAGCGGCCAACAUUUUGAUCACCAAAAACGGGGUCUUAAAGCUGGCCGACUUUGGUCUCGCCCGAGCCAUCAGCUCAGGGAAUACAACAAACGCUACACCAAUCGUGUGGUCACUCUGUGGUAUCGGCCGCCGGAGCCAUUGCUGGGCGAACGUAAUCACGACUCACCCGUAGACCUGUGGGGCGCCGGAUGUAUAAUGGCUGAGUGCUCUAAACACCUGAUCCAAUGCCCGAUCGGCCCUUUGGGAAGGUGUUUUAUGGGACUCACACUUACAGAUGUGGACCCGGACCCCAAUAAUGGCCGGCACCACAGAUUAGAUGCAACACAACCUAUAUUGAAAGCCCGGGACAGACGAGUAGUGGUACUGAGACGGGUGCUGACGAACAGGAGAGAGACAGGGCUUCUCAAUCACGGCGUGUCAAUAUCGUAUCAAUCGUUGAGAUCUGUUGACAAACAGUCGGCCAAUAUUACGGCCGCUCAUCAGACCACCCAUUCUAUCAGUACAGGUGCGGCCACUUUCUAUCUGACGCUGGACACGACUUAUGCCGGACUACUAGCCAACCGUACGGUCCGUUUCUCGAUGGGAGAGAUCAAGAAAGUGAUGCAACAGCUGUUGAACGCCUUGUUUUCCAUACACUCGCAGAAGAUAUUGCAUCGAGACAUGAAAGCGGCCAACAUUUUAAUCAUCAAAAACGGGGUCUUAAAACUAGCCGACUUUGGACUCGCCCGAGCCAUUAGCUCAGGUAAUACAACCAAACGCUACACCAAUAAAGUGGUCACUCUGUGGUAUCGGCCGCCAGAACUAUUGCUCGGCGAACGUAAUUACGGCUCACCCGUUGACCUGUGGGGCGCCGGUUGUAUAAUUGCUGAAAUAUGUAUGUGGACCCGGAGCUCAAUAAUGGCCGGCAUCACAUAUCAGAUGCAACUCAACUUAAUCAGUCAACUGUGCCGUUCAAUCACCGCCGAUGUCUGGCCGGGUGUCGAACGGCCGGAUCUGUACAGCAAAAUGGUUUUGGCGAAGAACCAGAAAGUUAAGGAGCGGCUGAGACCAGGCAUACAGUGUCCGCUGGCUCUGGACCUGUUGGACAAACUCCUAGUACUUGAUCCACAGAACCGAUUGGACUCACACUUAGCACUGGACCACCAAUUUUUGUGGUCACACCUCAUGCCUCAAGACUUGUCCCAUAUGUUGUCCCAACACAAGCGCAAAAUGGGUGACAGCUCUGUAGGUAUGCAACAGGCCUUAGGCACUGCCGACGGGUUUACCGAAUUGACCAGCGUUUGCGUGACGAUGGCGUGA